AUGUUGGAAUCAGAAGACAUUUUUGAUGAUUGGUUUUUUAACUCUUUCAAAAGGUAUCAUAAACUGCAAAUGUUUGGUGUGGAUAAACCGAUAUUUUCAAUGGAACUGAGUUGUGAUUCCUCAGUGUGUUUAGCAUGUGAAAAACCCGGAGAAAAUGGUUUUGAAGUAUUGAAUUUAGAACUUCCAAAUAAGCUUUACCAAAUUGAAAAUGAACACGAUUCAAUAAGCACGAGUAGAGAUUUGAAAAUCAAAUGUGGCACUUUAACUGAUAGUCGAUUAAUUGAUAUGAAAACUCUCUUUGGAAAAUCUAAAACAAUUUUGUCUGAAGAAGGAGUUGGUAAAGUUUCAAUAUAUGAUAUGGAUCCCCAUAAAUCAGAUCAAAUGAUUCCAUUGGUGAAUAUUGAUAGCAAAGUGGAGAAUGCACAUUUAGCUGUUGAUUGUACAACUGAUACCUUAAUAAUUUGGGGAAAAGAAAAUUCUUGUCAUACAGGUUGUGUAUUUAACAUGGAAAACAAUACCAAAACACUCAUGAUCAGAGAUGUAACCAACGACCCAGAAUGCAUUUAUACACCACAUUUCAUUUCUAAAAAUGAAUUGGUUGUUCAAAAUUCAGAAAAUGGAUCAUUUGAUCUGUAUGAUUUAACUAGUGGUCAGCAUGUGAAAAAUAUUCAUUUACCUGAGGCUGAUAGUUAUGCAAAAUGGUUUUUAAACACUGCAUACACAAGUUCUAAAGAAACAACCACAUUAAAUUUAACAUUAAUUUCUAACUCUGGAACUUUACUUACAUAUGAUUUGAGAAAUUGUAAGACUCCAACAAUGUAUCAAAGAGAAUUGUUUUUAAAAUGUAAUAACAAUAUAAACAUAAGCCUUGACCCUAAUAAUUCACAAAAUUAUGCUGUUAGUGGAUUUGACGGUAAUGUGUAUGUAAUAGAAAAAUCUGAUUGUAAUACCAACUUGAUACACAAGUUUAAACAUGAAGGACAUAUGUUCACUGAAGAUGAAGAUUUAUGUCAAAAUACAGUUACAAGUAGUACAUUAUGGUUACCAAUGUGUGGACGUGAUACGCUGUUAUCGGCUGCAAUUGAUGGAUCAAUUCAAGGAUGGCAAUAUAUUUCAUAA